AACAAGCGCCACAUUUUGCUUCGUCAAAACAUUUUCUGGGCAUUUUUAAGCAUAUUUUAUAUUUCCUCAUGGUUUUGAUUUAGUGGCACGCGUGAGGAACUGUUGAUGCACCAUGAGUUUAUUUGGGACAAACACCGGCUUUGGAACCGGGGGGACAGGGGUCUUUGGCAGCACAACGACAGACAGUCACAACCCUAUGAAGGAUGUAGAAGUGUCUUCUCCUCCUGAUGACAGCAUCAGUUGCCUGGCCUUUAGUCCUCCUACUUUGCCUGGGAACUUCCUUAUUGGAGGAUCUUGGGCUAAUGAUGUCCGCUGCUGGGAGGUACAGGACAAUGGCCAAACAGUCCCUAAAGCCCAACAGAUGCACACAGGACCUGUGCUGGAUGCCUGUUGGAGUGAUGAUGGUAGUAAAGUAUUUACAGCCUCAUGUGAUAAGACAGCCAAAAUGUGGGAUCUUAACAGCAAUCAAGCCAUGCAGAUUGCACAGCAUGAUGGUCCCAUCAAAGCUAUUCACUGGAUUAAAGCUCCCAACUAUAGUUGUGUAAUGACUGGCAGUUGGGACAAAACACUGAAGUUCUGGGACACACGUUCCCCCAAUCCCAUGAUGUCAUUGCAGAUGCCAGAGAGAUGUUACUGUGCAGAUGUUGUGUAUCCCAUGGCAGUGGUGGCUACAGCUGAAAGAGGCCUCAUUGUCUACCAUCUGGAGAACCAGCCGUCUGAGUUUCGUCGCAUUGAUUCUCCUCUUAAACAUCAGCAUCGCUGUGUGGCCAUUUUUAAAGACAAGCAGAACAAGCCAACAGGAUUUGCUCUAGGAAGUAUUGAAGGAAGAGUGGCCAUUCACUACAUUAACCCUCCAAACCCAGCUAAAGACAACUUUACUUUCAAGUGCCAUCGGUCCAAUGGGACCAAUACAACCACUCCACAAGAUAUUUACGCUGUUAAUGCCAUCUCCUUCCACCCUGUGCACGGCACUCUGGCCACUGUGGGUUCAGAUGGACGCUUCAGUUUCUGGGACAAAGACGCUCGCACAAAGUUGAAGACAUCAGAGCAGCUUGACCAGCCCAUCACUGCAUGCUGCUUUAACCACAAUGGGAACAUCUUUGCAUAUGCCUCCAGUUAUGACUGGUCCAAGGGCCAUGAGUACUACAACCCUCAAAAGAAGAACUAUAUCUUCUUAAGGAAUGCUGCUGAGGAGUUGAAACCUCGAAACAAGAAAUGAUUCGUCGUGCCAAGUCACAUCUCUUGUGAAGAAUUGCGGAAGACCUGCUGCUUUAUUGUUUGUAUACGCCCCAGACACACUCCUUCCAUUCAGCAAAUGCACGGACCAAUGCUGGGGUGCUGGGUACAGUGCAUGGACCAAUCAAAGGGCGCUACCCUGCUUGGUGUUGAUAACAGAUGUGUAACAGUUUGUCUCUGGUCAUCACAAAAGGGGGAGAUACUGUUGCUCAUGUCAAUGUUUCUGCAUUAUAUUUUGUGGUCAUCUUAUUUUUUACUGUUAUCCAAAGACUUUUCUUAUCAUAGGCUGUUUAUGAUUUAGCUCUUAAAUGGAUCUGGAUGUCAAAUAAAUAAGUGCAUUCACUGUAAGCCCAAAAAGUA